CGGCAGCUGUGGUUGUCUCUGCUGCCACAUUUUCAUUUUCUCUGCGAGGUUGAACAAAAUGGAAAGGAGUUCUCUCUUUUUAGCACUAUGCUGAGAUCCCAGUUGGUGUUUCCACCAUGCUGGAACUGGGCUCCUGUUCGGUCAGCUCUCAGUCUCUGACGGGGGACCACAAUGCUUUGGGGCGACCUAGAGCCUCAGCAGGGCCAGGGUGUCCAGUGGAUGGUCUGGGUCUGAGCAUGGGGGUGGUGUGUGAUAGCAGCACCCCCAGACUCCACAGCCUACACCCGCCACCAGUGGACAGUGAGAGCUGGCAGAAGCAUCGUGCAGGACUGGCCGGAGGGGCCAGCUUGUAUUUUGAGUCCCACUCCCUGCUGGAGCCCCUGAGUCUGUCAACCAGCUACGAAACCCUCUACCUCCCACACAUGUCUGACCAUGCUUCCCCUCUACACCCAAACCGCCCGGGCCUCUCUCUGGAUGUGGCCUCUGCUUUUGACGUUGGAGGAGGGGGCCUGGGCAUGGAUGGAGAUUUGGCGGUCAGUCCCAAUGUGAUCAAGAGACGUCGGGGCGGUUUGAUCGAGCAGAGGGACAUUGUGAAAGCUCAUCAGGCUCACAAGAUACACAGUACACCACAGGCACGGCGCAAGGAAUGGGAAAUGGCCCGGUUUGGAGACGACGUCCCGGGUUUGUUGAGUUCAGGGGAUGGAGGGUCCGAGCGCAACCGGAACCGCGAUGGGGCGGCUGUGUCCACAGGUGGCAUCUCCCCUGCUUUCAAGCAGACCAAAGCGCAGCGUGCUCGCACCAUGGCCUUGUACAACCCCAUCCCCGUCAGAGAGAACUGCUUCACCGUCAACAGGUCCCUCUUCAUCUUCGGCGAAGACAACAUGGUCAGAAAGUACGCCAAGAAAAUCAUUGAAUGGCCUCCAUUCGAGUACAUGAUCCUCGCCACCAUCAUUGCCAACUGUAUCGUCUUGGCUCUGGAGCAGCAUCUUCCUGGAGAGGACAAAACACCCAUGUCCAAGAGACUGGAGAAGACAGAGCCGUACUUCAUUGGGAUGUUCUGUUUUGAGGCUGGGAUAAAGAUCAUCGCCCUGGGCUUUGUAUUUCAUAAAGGCUCCUAUCUCAGAAACGGCUGGAAUGUUAUGGACUUCAUUGUGGUCCUCAGUGGGAUCCUGGCUGCAGCAGGGGCACACAUGAACAUCUCCGUGGACCUGAGGACUCUGAGGGCGGUCCGAGUACUUCGACCCCUCAAACUGGUCUCAGGCAUUCCCAGUCUGCAGAUAGUCCUGAAGUCUAUAAUGAAGGCCAUGGUCCCUCUCCUGCAGAUCGGCCUGCUUCUAUUUUUUGCAAUCCUCAUGUUUGCCAUCAUCGGCCUGGAGUUUUACAGUGGCAAACUGCACUACACUUGCACACCGCAGCCGGGAAUACUUGAAAAUGAGACCAUGGACUCGUCAGAGUUUGAGUUCCCAUGUGGUGUGCGCCAGUGUCCACCCAAAUACGGUUGUACCGACACCUGGAUUGGCCCUAACGAUGGCAUCACCCAGUUUGACAACAUUCUGUUUGCUGUUCUCACUGUCUUCCAGUGCAUCACCAUGGAGGGAUGGACCACUGUGCUCUACAAUACUGAUGAUGCCUUGGGUCCCAGCUGGAACUGGCUCUACUUCAUCCCUCUCAUCAUCAUCGGCUCUUUUUUUGUGCUGAACUUGGUGCUAGGUGUCCUCUCUGGCGAAUUUGCCAAGGAGAGAGAGAGGGUGGAAAACCGCAGGGCGUUCAUGAAACUGAGACGUCAACAACAAAUUGAAAGGGAGCUCAACGGUUACCGUGCCUGGAUCGACAGAGCAGAGGAGGUGAUGCUUGCUGAGGAGAACAAGAAUCCAGGACCUUCUGCCCUGGACGCACUCAGGAGCCUCCCAGAGUGGAGUACAGGUGGUGGCUAUGUGUUGAAGAGAGCCACCACCAUCAAGAGGAGAGGUAUGGAUGUGGUGCAUCGAGGGCAACCAGGGGAGGAACAAUAUGGUGACAUCUCCUCUGUGGGUGUCCCCGGGGCCAGAGCAAGUAUUAGGAGUGCCAAGCGAGGUCCUACAGCCUAUUUUCGCCGGAAGGAGCGUCUUCUACGUAUCUCCAUCCGCCGCGUGGUGAAAACACAUACUUUCUACUGGACGGUGCUUGGCCUAGUGGCUCUCAAUACACUGUGUGUGGCCAUUGUUCACCACAAUCAGCCCCUCUGGCUGUCCACCUUCCUCUACUAUGCAGAGUUCCUGUUCCUUGCUCUGUUCCUGACUGAGAUGUUCCUGAAGAUGUAUAGCUUGGGGCCUCGCCUCUACUUCCACUCUUCCUUUAACUGCUUUGACUGCAGUGUAAUCGUUGGCAGCAUCUUUGAAGUGCUGUGGGGUUUCUUCAGGCCUGGCACAUCCUUUGGCAUCAGUGUCCUACGUGCACUCCGUCUGCUGAGAAUCUUCAAGAUCACCAAGUACUGGGCGUCUCUGAGAAACCUGGUUGUGUCUCUGAUGAACUCCAUGAAGUCCAUCAUCUCCCUUAUUUUUCUUCUCUUCCUCUUCAUCGUUGUCUUCGCACUCCUCGGCAUGCAGCUCUUCGGUGGCAGGUUCAUCUUUGAAGACUACACUCCGACAAACUUUGACACCUUUCCCGCAGCCAUCAUGACUGUCUUUCAGAUCCUUACUGGGGAGGACUGGAACGAAGUGAUGUACAACGGUAUUCGCUCUCAAGGAGGAGUGAAGUAUGGCAUGUGGUCCUCCAUCUACUUUAUAGUGCUCACUCUCUUUGGAAACUACACUCUUCUGAAUGUAUUCUUGGCCAUUGCUGUGGAUAACCUUGCCAAUGCACAAGAACUUACAAAGGAUGAAGAGGAAGCAGAGGCAGCGUUCAACCAGAAGCAUGCUCUCCAAAAGGCAAAGGAGUGUCCAUAUAUCAGACUAACUCACAGUGCUAACACUUAUCAUGACUAUGAAAUCCCGGCAGUACCUGCCCCCGCUGACCUCGAAGAAAAAUUGUUUGCUGUGUGUCUCCUGGUCUGUUUUGUCUCUGCUCACAAAAGCACUAAUGUCUUGUUUUCAACCAAUCGCUCAUUGAUAACACGGACCACACAAGAGUCCACGUUCCAGGGAAGCCGGAGGAGGCGGCCCUACCUGUACAGGAAAAGAGCCAUCCACCGCAGCCGACCUACCUACCACUGCUCCCUGGAGGAGGCCCAGGGCAGCAUCAGGGAGGGCCGCCCACCCCCACCACUCAACCCUUCUAACUCUUUCAUGUCUAGGAGAGAGAGAAGAAAAAGGAUGACGAUGUCAGUGUGGGAGCAGAGGACCAGCCAGCUGCGGAGACACCGCCACAUGUCCAGCCGAGAGAUCCCGUACAGCAGCACCAGCGAGGAGAAGGAUGGGCCUCCUGGUGUAGCCCAGGCCCAGCACGGACAUCCGCUGUCGUUGCACCGCAAGGCCAUGCAGCACACACUGUCCGGGAGUUUGAAGCAUCCGACAGACCCUCUGGCCUCCCCAUCCAAGAACCAGGCUUCCUCUGUGUCUAUGGAUGUGCCCGUGAAUGCUGCACUCUCUGGUGACAUACCUGAACCUCCGAUGUCAGUGCCAGAGUCAGGGAAUCUUGGAAACAUGCCUCUUUCUGAUGCUUCUGUGUCUGUGACCAUACCAGAGUCCCCUGAAUCAGAGCCCGUCUCUGAGAGCAGAAAACUGGGUGUUAAUCAGAGUCACAACACUGUCAAUGAACGUCGGAGCCCCAGGUUGAAUGAUGAGCGCCAGCACAGGGCAGUGAAGAAGUUCAGACCACCAGAUAACCUUGACACACUGAGCCCUGAGAUGGGAGUUCAUGGUGGGAUCAGGGGCAGGAAGGAAUUGCAUCAAAGUCAGGGGCCAUCUCUGGGGAAUGGAAGCAACUUGCCGAGUGGCUCGGUCAGCAGAGAGAGGAGAAACCAUGGGAAAACUGGGGAGAAGGAAGUGGAGAUCAAAAUGGAGGAAGAGGUGUCCAAACCUGAGGAGAGUGGACAGGGUGACAGGAGCGAGGGAGGGGACACUAACCCACCAGACAACCAGAGCCAUGUUGGUGACCAGUAUCCUGAGAAGCAGGAACAGUCGCUUCAGCGAUCAGACCUGUGUCCACCUGCCAUCCUGGAGGACAUCAAAGAUGAGAAGGAGACAGAGCAAGACCAGGACGAAUCUCAGCUUAGCUCCAGUGUGAUUAUCGAGGUUUCCGAAGUUCAGUCAUCUAUGGAGCUCUCCACAAUCACAGUCAACAGUAAAGACCCUGAACCCUGUAAAUCAGAGAAAGAGGAGGCAGAAGAGACAAAUCCUGUCAACGCUGUGACCCCAAACAGCAUGUUCAUCUUCAAACCUGACAACCCGGUGCGUCGAGCGUGUCACUAUGUGGUGAACCUCAGGUACUUUGAAAUGUGCAUCCUGCUGGUCAUAGCUGCUAGCAGCAUAGCGCUGGCAGCUGAGGAUCCCGUGGCCACCUCCUCUGACUGGAAUAAGGUUCUGCGUUAUUUUGAUUAUGUGUUCACUGGAGUCUUCACAUUUGAAAUGAUUAUAAAGAUGAUUGACCAGGGUCUGAUCCUUCAUGACGGUUCCUACUUCAGAGACCUGUGGAACAUCCUAGACUUCAUUGUGGUGGUGGGAGCACUGGUGGCCUUCGCCCUCACCAAUGUGAUGGGAAAUAACAAAGGGCGGGACAUUAAAACCAUCAAAUCUCUGAGAGUGCUGCGUGUCCUCAGACCACUGAAGACCAUCAAGAGACUUCCUAAACUCAAGGCGGUCUUUGACUGUGUGGUGACAUCUCUGAAAAAUGUCUUCAACAUCCUGAUUGUCUACAAACUUUUUAUGUUCAUCUUUGCCGUCAUCGCUGUUCAGCUCUUCAAGGGGAAGUUUUUCUACUGUACCGACAGUUCAAAGGACACACAGAAGGACUGCCAGGGAUACUACAUUGACUAUGGGAAGGACAAAAAGGAGGUGAAGCGAAGAGAAUGGAAGAGGCACGAUUUUCACUACGAUAACGUCAUCUGGGGUCUGCUCACCCUCUUCACUGUUUCCACUGGAGAGGGAUGGCCUCAGGUCCUGCAGCACUCAGUAGAUGUGACAGAGGAGGACCGAGGUCCGAGCCAUGGCAACAGAAUGGAGAUGUCAAUCUUCUACGUCAUCUACUUUGUUGUCUUUCCUUUCUUCUUUGUUAACAUCUUUGUGGCUCUCAUCAUCAUCACCUUCCAGGAACAAGGAGAUAAGAUGAUGGAGGAGUGCAGCCUCGAGAAGAAUGAGAGGGCAUGCAUAGACUUUGCCAUCAGCGCCAAGCCCCUGACCCGUUACAUGCCCCAGAACAGACACACUUUUCAGUACCGACUGUGGCAUUUUGUGGUGUCACCCUCUUUUGAGUACACCGUCCUGGCCAUGAUCGCUCUCAACACCAUUGUACUGAUGAUGAAGUAUUACUCUGCCCCGCCGACGUACGAGGCUGUACUGAAACACCUGAACACAGCCUUCACUGUUCUCUUCUCUGUAGAGUGUGUCCUCAAGAUCAUGGCGUUUGGCUUUCUGAACUAUUUUCGAGACACAUGGAACAUUUUUGACUUCAUCACUGUCUUGGGCAGCAUCACUGAAAUUGUGGUAGACUUGCAGUUUCUUGACACAAUCAACAUGAGCUUCUUGAAGCUGUUCCGAGCUGCUCGUCUGAUCAAACUGCUGAGACAAGGCUACACCAUCCGGAUACUUCUGUGGACCUUUGUCCAGUCCUUCAAGGCUUUGCCCUACGUCUGCCUGCUCAUCGCCAUGCUCUUCUUCAUCUAUGCCAUCAUCGGCAUGCAGGUGUUCGGGAACAUAAAGCUGAAUGAGGACACUCAUAUUAACCAGCACAACAACUUCAAGACCUUCUCUGGUGCUUUGAUGUUGCUAUUCAGGAGUGCUACGGGGGAAUCGUGGCAAGAGAUCAUGUUGUCAUGUCUGGGGGGUCGUCAUUGUGAGACAGACCCUUCUCAGACAUCUGACCAGGAGGGGGGCUGUGGCUCUGACUUUGCCUAUUUCUACUUUGUCUCCUUCAUCUUCUUCAGCUCCUUCCUGAUGCUGAACCUGUUUGUGGCUGUGAUCAUGGAUAACUUUGAGUAUCUGACAAGAGACUCGUCCAUCCUUGGUCCCCAUCACCUGGAUGAGUUUGUCCGGAUCUGGGGGGAGUAUGACCGUGCCGCCUGUGGUCGUAUCCAUUAUACUGACAUGUAUGAGAUGUUGACCAACAUGUCGCCACCUCUAGGCCUGGGCAAGAAAUGCCCCUCCAAGGUGGCAUAUAAGCGACUAGUCCUGAUGAACAUGCCUGUGGACGAUGACAUGUCUGUCCACUUCACCUCCACCCUCAUGGCCCUUAUCCGCACUGCCCUCGAGAUCAAGCUCGCCAGAGGAGGGGAGGAUAGAAAUCAGAUGGACCUAGACCUGCAGAAGGAGAUUAGUGUCAUCUGGCCUCAUCUCUCUCAGAAGACACUCGACCUGCUGGUUCCCAUUCAUAAAGCCAGUGACAUGACGAUAGGUAAGAUCUAUGCUGCCAUGAUGAUCAUGGACUACUACAAGCAGAGCAAGGCCAAGAAGCUCCGACAGCAACUAGAGGAACAGAAGCAUGCUCCUAUGUUCCAGCGUAUGGAUGCCUCGUCACUGCCUCAAGAAAUCCUAUGCAAUGCCAAAUCCCUGUCAUUCCUAAGGCACAGUGCUGGAUCUGCUCUCACUAGAGGGGGUUUUGUGGCGCUCAGCCCCAUCUCUCCCCAGGAGAUGUUCAUGCAGCCACUGUCCUGCUCCAGAGAGGAGAAGGAGGACGAGGAUGAUGACAGCUACCGUUCACCCUACCACCCCUAUCUCCACCCACGUCAUCACCACCACCAUUUACACACACUGGUUCCAGAUGUAGUGGAGUAUAACCAAAUGAUGCAGCAGGACAAGCAGGACCCAUCAGUUAUUAAGUCACCUCAGCGGACAGCAUCAAUCAGAGCGUCCUCCAUGCCCAGACUGGCUGUUGAUCCACAGCCGGGGAUGUCAGCAGACGGUCAGCUGAUGAAGCGUUCUUUUUCUACCAUUGGAGAUCAGUGUGUGAACGGGCUCUGGCAGGAACAACACUCUCUGGAGAGAAUCAGUCCAGACAGCACAUACAAGCCUCAGCAGAAGAGCUACAGAGGGCCAAGAAUCAACCACAGAGAAACAUGUAGUCAUGAGAGAGGGCGAUCUAAGGAACGGCGCCACCUGCUGUCUCCUGACGUGUCCCGCUGCAACUCUGAGGAGCGCAGCCGAGACCCUUCAUUUGAGAGGAGACAAUCCCGCUCACCUAGUGAAGGACGCAGCCAAACCUCACAGAGACAGGUGAACACAUCAGGCAGCCCUGCUCACUCAGCCUCAGAGUCCAGUACCCCUCGUAAUCGGCGCCAGCUACCCCAGACACCCUCUCGCCCGCGGCCUUAUAUUUCCUAUUCCCCUCUGGUCUGCCGAGCUCAGACCUCUGCCACACCAGCAACCUCCUCUGAAGGACAGACCCAGCCUCAGGACGGCCCUGAUGGUUCUACAGAAUCCUCGUGGAAGGUUGACAAGGAAUGUGAGCCCCUGACUGCAGGUCAAGGUUCAUCUGACAGUCAGGCUUCACUACCAAGCCACUCAUCUCCUCACCGCUACAUCUCAGAGCCCUACCUCCCGUUUCAUGAGGACCUCAGCGGAGGCGAGGCAGGUGGUAGGCAGGAGACCCUUACCUUUGAGACUGCCAUGGCAACCAGCCUGGGGCGGGCCAAUGCCAUAAGCUCUGCCCCUCAGCUCAGACACUCCUGGCAAGUUCCUAACGGGCAUUUCCGGAAGCACUUGGGCCAGGCGAGUCCGACCGGAGCCAGAGAGCUGCUGAGUGACACGGAUGAGGAUGACCGCUGCUAAAACCCAGAGAGAAAGAGGAAAGGGAUGCACAGAGCAACUGGGCAUCUCAGAGCAGUUCCACACGAUACCACGAGGCUGUGGCCCUUCUGUGGCUCUGAGAGCUUGUAUUCCCAGCACCAGGAGCAUACUGUAACAGACAGGACUGAACACCACUGCUAUUUACCUGGAUACUUGGAUGUUUACAACAUGUCUGUUUGCAGCAUGUUCUUGUGUGCAUGUUAAUUGUAGCUGGAGGGAGGCUAUAAUGUGUGAACAUGGGUGAGUGUUUAUGUGCGUGUGCUCUCAAUAGAGAAAAUUUGCCAAAUAAAAAGAACAGCUGAGACUGACAGUACUAUAAGUAGCCCACUGCAGACAAAUCCACAUGUUGCCAAGGCCUCCCAUACAAGUUAGUGUUUUCGUUGUUAUUUGAACAAAAACAUGGUGAAACGUCAGUUCAAGGUGUCCAAUCCCUUCACUGAAUCUGAGAAAAUGGUUUAAGUGCUAUUUGCAUAGGUGAAUAUAGAGGGAGCAUGUAAAAGUUAUUAUGAAUGUAUCUGAGCUUUUGGGUCUUAUGUUCAGGUCAUUUGAGAAGGUUGCUGUUAGUCCUUACUGUGCAUAGUUGUAAGAGCAGCAUUGAUACAAGGGUUGAUUCAGGCAGAUUUUACCAGUUUGUUAUUGACAAGCAGCCAUUUCUAAAAGUUUGUGUUUACAAAGAGUUUCCAAGUGCUCAUGUACAUUAUAAAGGCACUAAUCAAUGAAUAGCCAAAACAGGAAAUGAAGUAGCAGAAGUGAUUUAAACCUCUCUUGAUGGUUGAGCUAUUUUCUCUCCUUAUGUGAACAUAGUAAGAGUGUACAUUCAUCUGCAGCACAGUAUUUUGGCUCUGUGGUGUGAAAAAGAUGUAGAAGAUCUUGAACAUAUUACAGCAUAAGAGAUGUUUUGUCUCAGGAUACUGGACCAUUGGUUUUGUGAUAAAUUAUCUUCUAAAUCUUUAACUUGUCCUUCAGAUCUUGGACCUGAUAUGAAUACUUGUAAAACUUAGAAGGACUAGAUGAGUCUCUUGACCUUACACCAUACUCAGCAUGAUAUCCAGUGGCAAGACUGUCACAAGGCCUGGACCAAUUGUGAUUUCAAACAGGGCCUGUGGUCCACAUCUAUUCAAUGGACUAUAAUGGCUUUGGCCUGAGGUAUAACCAUCAGACAGCCCGGGCAAAGCCAAAUGUAAGUUCAUUUUCCAUGUUUUCAUGCUGGAUAACCACUGCCGAUGUCACAUUCCAGAUGUGACUAAAGCCAUUUUUUUUCCUGUACAUAUAGUCAAGGAUGCAUCUUCUUCAGGAUGUGCUGCCUUCUUUCACGUGGUGAUGAAAAUGGUGAGAAAUUAAAUGUCGUUUACAUAUAAAGAUGCAAAUAAUUUCAACAACAUGGAUACUUUUAUAGAAGACGAAUCAAUGGCACAUUAUGGGUUGUCUCUGUGUUAACUACCACACUGUUUCUGUCACACUUAAGUCUAUGCUUUGGACAGUAGACACGUGCAUUAUAUAUAUAUGUUUUGUUUGUUUUUUUGUUUUUUUUUUGCUUUUUGUGCUACAGAGAUAUAGGAGAAUAGUAAUGAGAAGCAUCUUAGAGCUGCCUGGUUUUUCUUACUUUAAGGAGAUUUUACGAAAGGUGCCAACAUUAUAAAACAUCAGGCAGAGAGAUGUUUAUGCUUCUCCACUCCCAGAAUUCACUAUUGGUAUAUUUUAACAUUCCAACACUUUCAAACAUUUGUUGUUGCCCCCUAAAUAAGAUGUAUAUUUAUAUUAUGUGCUGCUAUGUUUCAUAAUGUGUUGUUUAACAUGUUUCUGAAAUGUGAACACAGGAUAUAUCUGGACUGAGAAUUCACAGGUCAGAAGAGAUCCCACCAACCUGCUGGAGCCACAGACAGAAAGUCCUGACUGAUGAGAUCUAUUUUAGCAAAGAAACCUCAUCUGAAGUGUGUUCACUAGAAGGCUCAGUUUGUACUGCAUACAGGUUAGGUUAAGGUUUUAGCCUGUAGGUUAUAGGACCGUGCUUAACGUGUACAGUGCAGCCUAGGACCUAAACUUGAUGUCUGUCUGUGCCAAACAGCCUAAUCUGUGCCUGGGAACAUAAAGAGUUCCCUAUCAAGCCUGGAUUUCCUAGAUAGAGACGCUUUCUGGUAAAUAUGUAGUAUAAACUGUACAAAAUAAAUCCAUGUUUAAUUUAAUGCACUGUUUAUACUUCAUUUUAAUCAUCAUGCCUGUUUAUGACUUUGACAAAAGAAGUGUUUACAUAUCUGUUUAACAGACCAUUAAAGAAAGAUCACUUGUCUUUCCUGUACUGGGUGACAUUACUAC